AUCACUUUUACUGAAUGAUUGACGUAUUGUUUCAACGAUUGAUUUCUUGUUGUAUUUAACCAUCAAUUGAUUGAUAAUUAAUUAUAACUUAGUUUUUGUCAUAUUUUAUGCCUUAAUAUGAGUUCAGAGACAAUGUUUUGGUUCAGAGGAAGUGUUAACGAAGCGAUCAAUAAGUCGAGGGCUGAGAGGAAAUUGUUUGUCGUUUUCAUCAAUGGAACUGAUGACAUCUCCGCCAAAAUGAAUGGUCUCUACGAAAGCCUUUCCCAGAAGUUGUGUGAACUGCCGUUAAUAGCCAUCAAACUCGAGGCACAAUCAGAUAAUUGCAAUCUUUUCUCUCAAAUAUAUCCAGUGAUUGUGAUUCCGAGUACUUAUUUCAUUGACUCGAAUGGCGUUGCGAUCGAAAUAAUCGGCGGCUCUGUUGACGACCAAAACGUUUUGUUGCAGAGAAUUCACAAAACAAUCGAUAUUUACAAUCAGAGCCUAUCUUCGAGUGUAACUCAAAAUACGACACAAUCUAAUGAUAAUGAGAGAGUGAAGAGCGAACCCGUGGCCAACACUCGUGAGCCAACGCCAGAAUCUCCUUCAGUGCCGGCGACUGCUUCCUCGUCUUCAGCCGUCGCUAGUGUUGAGUCUGAGAGGCCGUCGUUGGACUCAAAGGUCGAGAGAGCGAACCAAUUGAUUGAAGCGAUUCGACAAAAGAAAGCUAAAGAAGAGGAAGAAAGAGAAAAAGCCGAUGAAAUUGAGAGACGAAAGGGUAUGAAAGAAAUGUUAUCAGCAAAGCGUUUGCGAGAAGACAAGGAAAAGAUGGAUAUUGUGAAGGAAAGGGAACGCGAGAAGAGAGCAGAAAAGUUGGCGCGAGAGAGGGUUUUGGCACAAAUCGCUGCCGACAGAGAGGACCGCAAAGCGCGACAAAUGACUUUCACUGACAGCACUGAAAGCAAAGCAACGGAACCAAACGAUGCGAACCCUUCACAGUCUUCUCCAAAAGAACCAGAAGUUCGUCAAAGAAUGGACAAAACGGCUCGCAUUCAGUUCAGACUUCCCGACGGCUCGACUAGAAAUAAUGUGUUCGAAGCGACUGAUAAUCUGGAAGUUGUCAAACAAUACGUGUCCUCCAAUCUAAACAUUAAGGGCUUUACUCUUUCCACUUCAUACCCUCGAAGAGAGUUCGGAACCAAUGAUUACAACCAAUCCCUACGAGAUCUGUCUUUGUCUCCCUCGUCGGUCUUACUAGUGGUCCCUAACUCUGGAAUCAUUAGUUCGCGAGCACUCACUUCACAGUCAUAUAUCUGGCAAAUACUAACAUAUCUAAUGAGUCCACUUGUGAUGGUCUGGAAUUUUGUGACUAAUUUUUUUGGAUCUAAUUCUAAUGACACAAAUGAAAGGCCCGGACCAAGCAAUCCAAGAGACGAUCCCAAAGGAAGGCCUAAACAGUUUUACAAUAAAGACGGAAAUGUCGCCCGAAUGAGGGAUACCAACAAAGACGACGAUUCCGAUGACAACAACACAUAUAAUGGAAACUCAACGCAACAAAUGUGAAGACUCUGUGACUGUUUGUCACAAGUAUUUGCAGUCAGAAUUGAGUUCAUUGUUAUUAUUAUUACAUUAUAUUUGUAUUAAUUAGAAAACAGCAAAGAAUUGAAAUUUACUUUAAUUUUAAAGAACCGGUAUUUUUAAAACUUUUUU